AUGGAGCCUCUUCCUCUUGUGUUUGUGCGUCUUCCUCGUCCAACACUCUGCAUUGAUUCCCCGGACGCACUGCUGAACCGAUCCCGCUCUCAUGGCUUGGGCGCCGAGAAACCCACAAGCGAAGAUGAACUGUCACGACUGCAGAGCGCAUUUACAGCUGAAAAUAUUGCUACCUCCGGAUCUUUGGCUCUCACCGCUGUUCUCCCUGUAACACAGUCAUCCGUCUCCGAUUUGAAAAGUCGGCUUGGCGACAUCCUCGGCUACUCACAAUACCUAUCGGAUAUUAUUGUUCUCUCUCCAGUGGCUGUGAUCCCGCGAGUGAGAAGAGUACUUCUGUCUGCUCUUGCAUCAGGCGGCCACUCUGCUCACAUUGAGCUGACGGUCCGUCCAUGGUCGACUGAUGAAGAGCAAGACUCUGCGACCCUUCGCAUUGCAUCGCAAGCAACGUCUCCCUUCGUCCUUAUCCUUUGCGAAAAUGGCCUGGAUGCGAUAGACGUUCGCAGUCGUGAAGCAUUGAUGCUCUUAGAGCCGUUUUCAACAAUGUUGCCCAUUGGCCCCCGUGGUUUUGUCUUGAGAGAUUCGAAGCACAUCUGCCUCUCAUCGUCGCGUACACCUCAGUUGGCUACAUUUUUAGUUCCUCCGUUCGUCAUUCCUGCAACGUUUAUAUCCAGCUUUGGCUUCAAUCUCAGCCGAGAGGGCGCAUACGGUAUCUGGCUAGAUUUGGGAAAAUGCAUUGCUCGAACUCGGGCCGACUCGGCUGGGGGAUUUGUUGUAGGAUCUGGAGAAGGACUUGGGAGCUGGUGUUCGAAUAUGACAGAAGAUACAGCCUUGAGCUCGCAAAAAUUGCCUAUAAUCUCGAACCCGCUUCUGGAUCAAAAGCCCAUAGAAUUAUUCGCUAAUAAAACACGUAAUGCGGGAGUUGAUUCGACGCUCGCAUCGGGAACCUUCCUGCUUGUCUUCACGUCAUUGCUGGACUUGACACGCUUUUCUGGGGUUGCUUGUCGAUGGCGGCAAGACGGGCAUAAAAUUCAUGCCGCCCUCUUCGUUCGCACAGAUCACUUGAAAAUGGCGGUUCUCACUGGCGUAAGACAACUGAUUCUCGAGGAUUGUAACUUGGAUUAUCACUUUCUUCCAACUCAAUCAUCUGGAUUCGAACUGGCAUCUGAAAUUUUGACCUGGUUCAACUGUCAACCGAUCACGCCAGAUAUCGUGGUCACGACGAUAUCAAAGUUGGUCUUACUUGACGAAGUAUUCCAGCCUAAAACGGCUAGUCAGAACAAACGUUUCACUGUGAUUCAUUUACCUGCAGACGAUCUACCUUACUGCGAUUGGAUAGGAUCUUUGACUCCACGGGAACUAGAAAAUUGGCAUAAGCCUCAUAUCGAUAUCUCCGUGAUUACGAACGAUCGACCACAUUCCCUCGCACGCCUUCUCACAUCGCUGUCGAGCGCACUAUAUUUUGGAGACUCACCAGAUCUACGAGUCAAUUUGGAACAGACGGCAGACCGGGAGACAUCCCAGAUUGUAGAAUCCUUCAAGUGGGAUAAGGGACAGGUGUUCCUCCACCGUCGUGUAGUACAUGGUGGUCUCCUUCCAGCAGUUGUUGAGUCCUGGUAUCCACACUCCACCGAUUCUUACGGCUUGAUUCUAGAGGACGACGUAGAAUUGUCACCCUUGUUUUACGCCUGGGCAAAACUCGCUUUACUCCAUUAUAGGUAUGGCCGGUCGGAAGAUCGUUCAUCAAGAAUGUUUGGUAUCAGCCUGUAUCAGCAGAAAAACCUUGAGCUACGUCCUGAAGGUCGACAUCCGUUCAAUGCUCGCGACGUUUUUACUGCAGCAGGUAUUGAUGACCCGAGCACUCCUUAUCUAUCCCAAAUCCCAUGUAGCUGGGGCGCGGUAUAUUUUCCGGAACACUGGCGCGAGUUUCACGCAUACCUCUCCCUCCGCCUUUCCGAGUACGCGUGGGACGCCGACCAGGUGGUUGCCCCCGGCGUGCGCUCAAACAAGUGGAUGCGUUCUUGGAAGAAGUAUUUCAUCGAGCUCGCGUACCUACGCGGCUACGUCAUGCUCUACCCUAAUUUCGACGGAUACGUCUCACUUUCGACGAAUCAUCUGGAAGUCGGCUCUCACGUUAAGGACGUACCGAAGGAAGUAUAUUUGCGCAAGAAGAGAUUAUUCCUCCUGCCACUGAUGGCACUCCCCGAUCUUUUGCAUUCCAAUGCUACAGGACUAUUGGACCUGCCUGACCAUGGUUUGCCUCCGUGGGACCAGUUGCCUGUACUAGAUCUUCUUGGCUUGCCUGCUUCGGAGGAGACCCUGGUCGAACGAGGGAGUAUGCGCAGAAUUGAGCUAACGGGAUGCGAAGAUACGAUUGAUACUGUGCACGAUGUAUGGGAUUUGCUAUGCCUGCACGAUCCAUUGUUUGAUCUGUAA